UGCUCUGGUCACGUGAUGGGGAAGAUGGCGGCCCCCAGGGCGGCUUCCGGGCCUGGCUAAUCAGGAAGUGGGAGCUGCCGGCGGCUGCGCAGAGGGGUUUGGAGCGGGGGAGCGGAGGAGAGGAUGCAGUCGAGCCAGGCCACAGCGCUGCUCACACUCUGCCUGUGGGCGCUUUGUCAUCCAGCGCUGGGCACUGAGGGCAAGAGAAAGCUGCAGAUUGGCGUCAAGAAGCGGGUGGAGAACUGUCCCAUCAAAUCCCGCAAGGGAGAUGUGCUGCACAUGCAUUACACCGGCAAGCUAGAAGAUGGGACCGAGUUUGACAGCAGCAUCCCACGUGACCAGCCCUUCAUCUUCUCGCUGGGGACGGGCCAAGUCAUCAAAGGCUGGGACCAAGGCCUGCUUGGGAUGUGCGAGGGUGAGAAGAGGAAACUGGUGAUUCCCUCUGAGCUGGGCUAUGGGGACCGAGGGGCUCCACCUAAGAUCCCAGGUGGCGCAACACUGAUCUUCGAGGUGGAGCUGCUGAAGAUUGAGCGGCGACCGGAGCUGUAGGCAGGCAGCAUUGGCUGUGGGUGGGUGGAUGGAGG